GUCAACCACUCCCCGCCGCCCACGUUCCAUACGGAUAAACAAACGCGCACACACAAACAAACGGAACCUGCGGCGUUCGAAUUCAAGGAGCCGAAUCCGUUCCCCCCCCCCCCCCCCCCCGGGAAGAAUCCAAGAAGGCAAGAAUCCAAGUCCCCGCGAAGAGCAGGGCACGGAGGCGAUCGAUCGGAUCUAGGAAGAAGAGGAGGGGGAAGGGGAAAAGAUGGACUCGGGCGAGAUGACGGCGACGGAGGUGGCGGCGCUGCUGGAUCUGAAGCCGCACCCGGAGGGCGGCUACUACGCCGAGACCUUCCGCGACGGCUCCGUCACGCUCACCACCUCCCAGCUCCCGCCGCACUACAAGGUCGACCGUGCUGUGAGCACUGCUAUCUACUUCUUGCUUCCUGCAGGCAGUGUUUCACGCCUUCACCGUAUUCCCUGUGCUGAAACCUGGCACUUCUACAAGGGAGAGCCUCUCACGGUCUUUGAACUACAUGAUGAUGGCCACAUUGACCUCACUGUCAUCGGUCCGCACCUCGAAGCUGGCCAGCGCCCCCAGUAUACCGUCCCACCAAAUGUGUGGUUCGGUUCUUUCCCCACGUUGGACGUUGAGUCAUUUGCGUCGGAUGGCAGUUUUCUUGUCAAGUGCCGAAAGAGGGAUCCGGAGCUCCACUACUCCUUAGUUGGCUGCACUUGUGCCCCUGGCUUCCAGUACGAGGAUUUUGAAAUGGCCACUUUUGAUGACCUGAGAUCUAUCGCUCCUAAGGCUGAACCCUUCCUCAAGUACCUCAUUCCUUCCACUGAGUAAGUCCUGCGCAACCUCAGUUGAUGCUGGAUGUUUUUCAGCCUAUCUGUAUCGGAUGCCAUUUUUAGUGAUUCCAUGAUGGUUGUGGUUUUACUAUCUUGUAAACCGUACCCUACCCAUGCGCUGGUACUAGUUGUAACAUUUUGUGCACUGAAACAAAAUAACAGCUGAGCUCGAUGUUGAAACGAAGAGACGCUUUUGUGUAA